GAAAGGAGUGCGGGGAGCAACUAUCACCUCAAACACCACCAUCAUUCAGAAUUGUUUCCAGCGGUUAGUGGGUCCGAGCAUUAUGUGCCGAGAAGAAGAACCUCGUAUUAACUCACCAGGAACAUAAUUAAAACUGAACCUGAAAGCCGCCUUUUUUGGAUGUAGCUACUCACUUUUUCAGACUUUUUUAUGUGGAUGUAGAGGUGACUUCCCUUUUCUCACCGGCCUUUUUCGUUUUCUUCCUUGCUCUGUGGUGGAAAGCGGUAACAUGGGCAAAAUAUGCGCAUCAUCUACUUCUAAAUAAAGAAACCACAGGUCGCUGUAGUGCGGCGGCAUAUCUGCUUUGCGCUCGCGCGUCCAGAGGUCCGGCUGUAUCUUCGCGCGAUGGACUGGCAGGUUUUGGGGUUGCCCUGCAUUUGGUAAUUGGAAUCGGUGAAGUAAAGAAAAGUAAGACAACUGUGACCUUCUCGGAUUUCUCGCAUUGUGUUUGUGCGGACGGGAAUGUCUUCGAUUUGAUAGAUUCGGUGCCCUGGACCGUGUGGCGGCACACGCCGACAGCAAUGGUGAUUUGGCCCUGCCGAGCGAGCGCCCGUCCAGCGGUGGAGUGAACACAGAGAGGCGAGCGCGGGGACUGAAAGGAUGACACAGUGGGGGAGAUGUGUUUGGCCGCUGGCGGGCGUUCUCCUGGCAUGCGCGAUGAUUCUCUGCUCCCGACCGGUGUCCGCUGGCAACCGUAGCCUCCGGGGACAGACAGCCCAGUACCAGGUGAAACAGGGUACCUGCGAGGUGGUGGCCAUACAUCGCUGCUGCAACAAGAACAAGAUCGAGGAGCGCUCCCAGACGGUCAAGUGCUCCUGCUUCCCCGGACAGGUUGCCGGGACAACGAGAGCGCAGCCCUCCUGCGUGGAAGCUUCCAUUGUGGUGCAGAAGUGGUGGUGUCAGAUGCAUCCCUGCCUGGACGGGGAGGAGUGCAAAGUGCUUCCCGAUCUCACCGGCUGGUCCUGCAGCACCGGGAACAAAGUCAAGACAACCAAGGUUACACGGUAGCAAGGAAACUGCUAACCAGCUACGAAACCUAAGACUUAUGUAUUUAACUUCCACGUCUAAACAAAAAGGCAAUCUACGCAAGCGAAAGAGAGCAGUCAACUCAACAGGACCCAGAAGGAUAUGGUGAAUGAAGAAAUCAAUCAAUCAUAUACAAUGUCAAAAGGGCCAACGAAGAGAUGGAUUUUAAGCACGAGGCGGGGCGGGUGAGAGGCAACGGCGGAGCCAGGAUCUCACAGAUACAUACAGUCGUAGUUGAUUCAUAAUAACGAUACUUGUCAGUGCUAUAUCUACAUUGUUUGCGGAGUUUGAAAUCAGAGUGUGGCAGUUCGGAUGCGUGCCACCGUCACAGAGACAAACCGCUGGUGUCAGAGCAUCAGGGCGACACUGCGUCCGGUCUGGAAGUAAACUCAAGAGGAGGCACUGUGGAAUCGCGCUGCUGUGAAGUUUAGCCGUUUGAGCGAGUUUAUAUUCGCAAGCAAGGGACUGCUCAUGAAUUUUGAAUAAAAUUAUUGUUAAAUUACUCUUGUGGGUCAAGUUACAACCAUGUAAUGUUUUCUGAAAGUCAUUUCGCAGUUCUAAUUAAGGUCGCUGAUAGGAUCAUAACAACAUAUUAAAAAUUCAUGUAAGAUAUUUGCACUAGUUGAAACUGUUUUCAGAAUUUUGUUUUUCUAGUUAUUUCAUGUUUUUGCUGUUGAUGUCAUAUAAAAUUAAAGAUCUUAUUUUAUAAUUU